AUGGGCAGUUUAUUAAGUAUAUUUUCUGGUUUAUUCGGUAGUAAAGAACGUCGAAUACUUAUUCUGGGUCUUGAUGGUGCAGGAAAAACAACAAUUCUGUAUCGUCUUCAAGUCAGUGAAGUUGUGACAACGAUUCCCACAAUUGGUUUCAAUGUUGAAACUGUGCAGUAUAAAAAUUUAAAAUUUCAAGUUUGGGAUCUUGGUGGCCAGACAUCCAUCCGUCCAUAUUGGCGUUGUUAUUAUUCAAAUACAGAUGCUAUCAUAUAUGUUGUUGAUUCCAUGGAUCGUGAACGUAUUAGUAUAUCAAAACAAGAACUUGUUGCUAUGCUUGAAGAAGACGAAUUGAAAAAUGCCGUUCUAUGUGUCUUCGCCAAUAAACAAGAUCUCGAAGGUUGUAUGAGUGUUAGUGAAGUGGCUAAUUCACUUGGUUUAACCUCAUUAAAAAAUCGCAAGUAUCAAAUAUUUAAAACAUCAGCAAUUAAAGGUACAGGAUUAAACGAAGCCAUGGACUGGUUAGCAAACUCGCUGCAACAAAAAACCUAA